UGGUAUCAAGUAUUGGAGAUCCAGAUGAAAAUAAAUUUUAUGAUAUUGGUGUUGGAUUUGUUUUUUCAUUUAUGACACAUUAUCAAUCAGUAUGUGUUGGUAAAAUUACAGAGGCAGAUCCGAAUAAAGUUUGGGACCAAGUAGAAGUUCUUAAAAAAUAUACUGGAUCAUAUCUUUUUGGAAUUACAAAUACAUUAGUUCAACAACAUAUAAAUAUAUUAAAAAGUAAAUCACCAACAUGUGCUGUUAAAGAAUGGUCGAACACAAUGCAACUAGAGAAGAAUGCAUUACUAUUGAAUAAAAAAGAAUCAGAUGGUAUAAUUCGUAUUCUUUUAGUUAUUGCCCUAAAUUUUAAAUACCGUAUUCUUAAAGAAGAGUUAGGUGUUGGAUCAAAUAUAAUAAAUAAGGCCAGUAAGCAUGCAUGGCUUUAUAGACUAGGCACAUUAAUCUUACAAAAACCAAAAAGAACUGCUCAAAGAUUAACAGAUGUUCAAGAAAAGCAAUUCCUAUUAUUUUUUCAAGAUAAAGAAAAUGUAUCAAUGAGUUCAUAUCAUAUAGACUCAAAAACAAGAUUAUUGAUCCUAUAUUUGCAUGAUCAAAAAAAAGGUCUAUGGGAAAAAUUUAAUGAAACAAACUCAAACGGUAUAAAAAGAACUACCUUUAUAGCAUGUUUAAGUGAAAAAACAAAUCUUAAAUACUGCAAAGAUCUUG